GUUCCCGAAAGGUGGGUGGGUUUCCCUUCUGCUCAAAGAAAUGUGCUAGUCUGCAAGCCACCAUCAACAAUAAUCUACUGCCCCACAGGCGCUCGAGGACGGAGGUGAAGGGAACUCAAACACCCGUGAAUUCCCUUGACGAUUUGACAAAGGAUUAGCUAGCUAUAAGAGAUAGUAUGGACAAAGAGGAGCAGUUUGUCAACAUCGACCUAAAUGACGACAACAUCUGCAGUGUCUGCAAGCUAGAGACCGACACGGGGACCAUGUCCUUCUGCCACGUCUGCUUUGAGCUCAGCAUCGAAGGUGUGUCUCAUGCCACCCUCCUGCACACCAAAUCCCUACGGGGCCACCGGGAGUGUUUUGAGAAGUACCAUCUCAUUGCCAACCAGAAGCUGUCCCGCUCCAAGGUCUCCCGCAGUCCCUACGAGGGCAUGAAGCUGGCCCUUAGCCAGAAGAUCAGCCGCAUUGUGCAGUACGCCCAGAACAAAGACUCUGUCAGCUCAGAGGGGAGUCCUGGCCAUCGGGGGGGCAAGCACCAGCUCCUCUGCUACAGCCAGAAUGGAGACCGUAAACUACUGCCCCAGUCGGAUGCCCAGGUGCCCCGCUACACCCCACGCUGGAACCAGGGGAUUGGGGCAGGAGGACUGCCGGACUACGCCACGAGUAUGCUGGAGUGCCACUCGGCCGAGGAGCUGGGGCUACUGGAGGACGGGCGCGGCCUCGGGGCCCUGUGGGGGGUCACAGGGAGGAGGGGCCAUCUUCACCACAGCCAGUCUUCUGGAGGAGACCACCAGACACUGCAUUCAAACAAUGGUCACAGCAGAGAUGAGUUGAUUAAAAUGAGUGUGCACGAGCUCCACCAGCUGAAUGGGCAGAUGCUGCUACAGAUUCAAAAGGUGUUUGAGGAGCUGACAGUGGCUGUGCAGGAAAAAGACUCACUGGCGUCAGAACUGCAUGUUCGCCACAUCGCCAUCGAGCAGCUCUUCAAGAACUGUGCCAAGCUGCCCUGGCUGCAGAUCAGCCGGGCCGGGUCCGUGGUCAAGGCCAGCAGCAACGCCUCUGUGGAGUGAGGGGAGUCUGGGGGUACCUACCUGGCUUGGCUGCCUCUCUCAGGGCGAUGACUGUUUCACUCCCAGGGCUAAAAAGACAGACAGGAUGGCCACUGUGGCCUGUGCCCUUUAUAUUGUAAAAGACUUGUUGCGUGGUGUGGUUUCUCUCAGAAGAGUGAGGAAUGGACAUGGCCUCCUCAUCUGGUGCUCCAUGGCUUUCUGACUGCAGUACUUUGAAGAAGGGGCUCAGAGAAAGGCAAUAAAAUGAAAGGAUCUUGGGAUCCACUGACUUCCACAUGGGAACUGUGGGUUGUUGAGCCCUGCUGUCGGUGGACCUGUUGCCUAUGCAGACAAAGUAUUUUUGAAAGAAUACCUAUUCAGAUUUAAUACAGAAUGACAUGAGCUAAUACUAGUAUAUACUAGUAAUUGCCAAAAUAAAGGAAACACUUGAGUAAAUUAAAUAAAGUAUAUUGAAAGCAGGCAGGGCUCCACCUUUAGAUUGGUUAGCAUCAUGGUUGCACUAUUACUACAGUGAAAACAGCUUGCUUCUAGCUCAACCAGGUCAAAAGAUCUGACCAAUUUUACCGGCACAACAUUUGUAUCUUCCUAUAGCCGAGCGGAUCGCAGGGACCGCAUUUUAGAUUCAUAAACCAUGUCGUGGACCGUUCUAAAACUACUCACGCGUCGACAACCUUUUGUUUACACUUUGUUCAGUCAUGUUACCUUGUUCGCUAGCUAGCUAACAACCUGGUAAAAGAAAGAAAGGAAAAGGGGUAGCUUCUUCAGGAGAUCAGUGGUCAUAGCAGUGAAUGAAUGACAGAUCUCUUGCAUGUCAACAUCACAAACCUGAUGUUUUUAAGGAGACCGUGUACAAUUUUCUAUGUAAUGCAUCUCAAUAGGAAAAUGCUGCUUUUAUACCAAAUGUAGACAAUAUUCCACAAAUUACUUUAUUUCAAUGACAGGUAUUCGUAUCAUCAUUUUAGCUUUUAUAAUAAACAAAUGCGUUUACAGUGUUCCAUAUUGGUUUCUAGGCCACAACGUGCUUCAGAAGUAGCUAGAAUUCGUAGGCUGCAUUUACACAGGCAGCCCAAUUCUGAUUUUUUUUUUAAAUGCACUAAUUGGUCUUUGGUCUUUCCAAUCAGAUCAGCUCUGAAAAAGAUCUGAUUUGAAAAGAUCCUAUGUGGUUGAUCAAAAGAACAAUAGGUGGAAAAAAUAUCAGAAUUUAUCUGCCUGUGAAAAUGUAGCAAUAUAGGCCCAAUCUCAAUCAACUUUUCUGGUGCUCCCAACUUUAAGUUACCAAUGAAACAUUUGAAUUUAGAGCCCUGAAAGCAGGUGCUUCCACAUGCGUGGUACUGAGUUAAUUAAACAAUUAACAUCCCAUCCAUGUAUAAACAAUCCCAGUUGACCAGUACUUUGGCUAACAUGGCUAGAAAAGGGGUGUCAAAGGUGCGUAGGGGGUUUAGUGUGGGUGGGUGUGUCUGUCAGUUACCAGAAGGGUAUACUACAAAGCAUGAUCAAGGAGUUUGCCAGCUAACUUGCCUAAAUGUUCUGAAAUAACUUUAUUUUUUAGAAAGAUAAGCUUGAUAUGGGCAUGGUCUAAUUGACUCGACAACCAAAAACGCAUAUCUAAGUUUAGCUGUCUUAAUGAACCAGAAAACCAAUCGUUAUUUCUGGUUGUUUAUAAAAGUUAGCUGGCUAUCUCAUUGAUCCUGCUUUGUAGUAUACCCCUCUAAUCUCAACCCAAUUUAACAUUUAUGGGAGAUUCUGGAGCGGCGCCUGAGACGGCCUUUUUCACCACCAUCAAUAAAACAACAAAUUAUGGCAUUUCUUGUGGAAGAAUGGUGUUGCAUCCCUCCAAUAGAGUUUCAGACACUUGUGGAAUCUAUGCCCAGGGGCAUUGAAGCUGUUCUGGCAGCUCGUUGUGGCCCAAUGCCCUAUUAAGGCAUUUUGUUGGCAUUUCUUUUAUUUUGGCAGUUACCUGUAUCUAGCUGCAGUUUUCUUUUUACAGUCACAGUUUUCAUUUAUUGAAUUUCCUCACACUCUUUUACAUUUUGUUUUCUUUUUGUUAUUUUAAUCGCACCCAUUUCCUCACUGCUCCAGAAAAUAUUUGGUUGACUGAUUCUGUUGUUGCUGUGGUAACUGUUACUAAAUGAGAGGUUAUUUUGUAUUCAGUGCAGUGAAACACUCUUGUGGUUUGAAUAAAGUCUGUUACAUCUAAGAGGUGGGAUUUUAAGUCCAGAGGUUACAGUUUGUUGCUUUUAUUAUUUCUCCAGUUUUUGAUUUGAAUUUGAUGUCUUGUUUGUAUUUUUAUUUGUUUUGUUAGUGGCAUGCUGCAAAUGCUGUUUUCUGCUAUUCUUAACUUUGAGUCCUCUUGAUUUCAACUGGUAAGGUAUUUUAUGGUAGCCUGUGGUAAGGCUGAUGAGCUCGUGUAUUUGAACAAGGGAGGGACAUGAAAUGUGUGCUGAUGAUAGAAAAGGCCUAACUCGGUAAGCAUUAUAUUGUCCAUUUGCCAAACCAAAGCCUUUAUUUGCUUCAAGGCAGCAAAUAUCAGUAUUUAUUAUUUCACUUGUAAACUACAAGUAUAGGCCUCGCUAGACCAACUAGAAUUUAUAUGAAACGCAAUAAAUACACUGAUACCAAAUUCACUUGAAAUGUGGCUCAAUGAUAAACUUGUGACUCUAUAAAAUUGGUUUAGCUGUAAUGUCCUGCGUUAUGAACUGCUCAACACAAUUCAGCAGAUAGCCUAAGAGCUUUUGGGCCAAUAACCAAAAUGUCACUGGUUCAAAUCCCUGGGCCGACUAAGUGAAAAAUCUGUCAAUGUGCCCUUGAGCAAGGCACUUCAAAUCGAUUUUUAUUAGUCACAUGCACCGACUACAACCGGUGUAGACCUUUACAGUGAAAUGCUUACUUACAAGCCCCUAACCAACAACGCAGUUAAAAUACAAAUAAGAAAUAAAAGUAACAAGCCGUUAAAGAGCAGCAGUGAAAUAACAAUAGCGUAAAUUCUAUACAGGGGGUACAGGUACAGAGUCCAUGUGCGGGGAACAGGUUGCUUUUGUAAAUCUCUGGAUAAAGAGCGACUGCUAACUGACGUAAAUGGAAUCUCCUGGUUUCACUGUCUGUCAAGUUGAUGUUAGGUUGUGUGACUGAGUUUAUUCAAGCAAUUAUUCGUAUAUAUUUUUUAUUUUAUUUUGUGGUUGUGUGUUUUCAAGUGUGCUUUGGUUUUUACUUGUUUUAUUUUAGCUAAUAAUUUUCUGGUGGCAGGUCUAUGCUGUGUGGAGUUCAAAUGAUAUCUAAACUGCCGAAUCCGGUUUUCUCUUAAUACGAUGUGUCCAUUUAGUUUUAAAGGCACUGAUCUGAAUGGUGAAAAGAAAGCAAUAUGAUGGAAAGGCCAAAUAAUGAUUAAUUUUACCUAUCCAGCCUGGUCAGAUCAGUGAUUUUGAAGAAAAGGAGACAAACAAAUUAACUAGCCUUCAUGAAUAUUUGGGGGACAGAUGUAUUAAGAAAAUGGAUUUUAGUAUGUCUCUGGUCAAUACUUAGACCUGCAUAUGACAUUUAGGCAUACUCUGGUGGUUUGAAACAGCUGUAGAGGUUCUGAUCACUGAAGUAUAUUUUGGGUAGAAAGAAACUAAUAUAUUCAGGUUGAUGUAUUUGAAUCUUCCAAUGUCAGUCUCUCUUUAUAAGAGAUCAGGUUUGACCCCUUUGGGGUUUACAAGAAAGGUUUUAGCUCUGCUUUUAACUUAUCCUGCUUUUGUUUGGAUUAAUAAAUGUUUAUUCUUGUGA